AGAUCCGAGCGCGUGUCAAGUUGGCGGUGGAAGGAAGCUUUUCUUCUUUUUCUCUCUUUCCUAUUUCUUUGAUGAUUGCGCGAUCGCCAAUAAUGUUCCAUUUCCUAAAGCUUGAUCCGCGAGAUCUGAGCUACUGCGCUUUUGUUUUCUUGCUACAAAAACAAGAGAGGGUUUGCUCUAAAGUUUUCUCGUGCAUGUAGGUAACACUCGGUUGGAUCAUCGGCGAGAGAGGAUUUCCAGGCGCGAAUCGCGAUCAUGGCGGCCCCCAUUCUUUCGACCGAGCGCGAUGCCCAGCUGAGCUACUGGAAGGAGCACUCCACCGCGCUGACCGUGGAGGAAAUGCUGCUCGACAGCCAGGCGGCGAAGCUCGAUCAAGAGGAGCGUCCCGAGAUCCUGUCAAUGCUUCCUCCUCUGGAGGGGAUCAGCGUGGUGGAGCUUGGGGCCGGCAUUGGGCGAUUCACUGGCGACUUGGCAAAGUCUGCCAAGCAUGUUGUCGCCAUGGAUUUCGUCCAGUCGGUCAUUGACAAGAACAAGGAGGUGAAUGGAUGCCACAAGAACGUCGAGUUUCUGUGUGCCGACGUUACUUCCCCCAGCCUCACUUUUCCUCGCUCCUCCAAGGAUCUCAUCUUCUCCAAUUGGCUACUCAUGUAUCUCUCCGACGAUGAGGUAACGGCGCUCACCAAGAAGAUGAUCUUUUGGCUCAAACGCGGGGGUUCUAUUUUCUUCCGGGAGUCGUGCUUCCACCAGUCUGGAGAUCACAAGCGCAAGAACAAUCCCACGCAUUACCGGGAGCCUCGCUUCUACAACAAGAUCUUUGAGGAGUGCUACAUCGCAGAGGAGGAUGGAAGCUACUCCAAGCUGCAGCUCGUCUUGUUCAAGUGCGUCUCGGCCUACGUCAAGAACAAGAGGAACCAGAACCAGAUCUGCUGGAUGUGGAAGAAGAUCAAGUGCACGGGCCCCGAUGGCUUGAAGUUUCAGCAGUUUUUGGACAACGUCCAGUACACACAGCGCGGCAUCCUUCGCUACGAGCGGAUAUUUGGUGAAGGUUUCGUAAGCACUGGAGGACUCGAAACAACCAAAGAAUUUGUAGAGAGCCUCAAGCUCGAGGCCGGGCAAAAGGUGCUCGACGUUGGCUGCGGCAUCGGGGGCGGUGAUUUCUACAUGGCCGAGGACUUCGACGUCCAAGUCGUUGGCAUCGAUCUCUCGGUAAACAUGGUGUCCAUCGCUCUGGAGCGCUCCAUCGGACGCAAGUGCUUUGUCGAGUUUGAAGUCGCGGAUUGCACCGAGAAGAACUUCCCCGCCGAGAGCUUCGACGUCAUCUACAGCCGAGACACCAUCCUCCAUAUCCAGGAUAAACCAGCCCUGUUCGCGAGGCUCCUUUCGUGGUUAAAGCCCGGCGGCAAACUUCUCAUCACGGACUACUGCCGAUCGAAAGACGAAGUCUCUGCCGAGUUUCUCGAGUACAUUAAGAAACGAGGCUAUGAUCUUCACGACGUGGAUCACUAUGGCCAGAUGUUGAGAGACGCUGGUUUUGUGGAUGUCGUGGCAGAGGAUCGCACAGACCAGUUUGUGCGCAUCCUGACCAAGGAGCUGGAUGCUGUGGAGCGAAACAAGAAAAGCUUCUUGCAAGACUUUUCAGAGGAAGACUACGAGGAUAUUGUCCAUGGCUGGAAGUCCAAACUGGUGCGAUGCGGCCAAGGCCACCAGAAGUGGGGACUUUUCCGCGCAACCAAGAAGAUGUGAUCUUCAUUCUUUUGUUCCAAUCUUUUGUUCCAAACCAAUUUUUUCUUGAACUUCCGAGAGUUACCUCAA